AAUUUCACUAUACUCGUGUACUACAAGCAACGUAAAUGAAAAUAAAACACAAACAGCUGAUGACUGAAUCACGUCAACGUCAAAUAAAUGUUUAUUUUCAAUCAUAAAUAUAUCCAUACAUAAACAUAUAUUUUUUAUAUAAAUAUUAUGGCAGAGUCAGAAAUUAGCAAUAACACAGACUUCAAUUAUGACACUAACAGCAGAAUGAGAGCAAAUAGUUCUGAUACUGAAUCAACACCAUCAUCUUCUGUAUCUGAUUGUAUUACAAAUAAUACUGACGAUAAUUCUGAAGAAAAAAUUUCCGUACCAUUCAGUUUGAAAUCAGUCGAGGCUUUGCUGUCUUUGUCGAAGACGGCAACACUCGAUGACUUGAAUGAAAUGAUUGAGAAGUGUAAGCAAAUGAUACUAGACAGCCAAGAAUGUACUGAUGAGCGUAAAUGGCUUGUGAGGCGGCUAAUUGAAUUACGAUUACGUGCUCAAGAACUACGAGAAUCCUCGGAUUUGAAUUUAUUUGAAACUCAAGUUAUUUUAGGGCAUCAUUUAAUACCGCAAAAAUAUCAAAUUCCUACUACUGGACCUCUAUACUGUGAUCAUUGCAGCGGCGCUAUUUGGAUGAUGUUACAAUCAUGGUAUUCCUGUAAUGAUUGUGGUUUUUCAUGCCAUUGGAAAUGCAUUACUGAUAUAAGACGUGUCUGUGCCCAUGUAUUAGCGAGUGAAGCCGGUGGUUAUAUUUUCACAAAAGAAAUUUGCCCUGAAAAAGGUCUUUCUGCCCAAGGAUAUAAAUGUGCUGAAUGUCAUACACGUCUAACAUUUAAAUCUGUAUGGGUGGAACCUCGACUUUGUGACUAUACAGGAUUGUAUUAUUGUCAGCGCUGUCAUUGGAAUACAAUGGCUGUAAUACCAGCACGGGUAAUUAGAAAUUGGGACAUGGAACCAAAACGAGUCAGUAGAUCAGCAGCACAACUUUUACACCUACUAAAUGAACGUCCUGUUCUUCUAUUAGAGCAACUGAAUCCUAAAUUAUUUGAAUUAGUGCCUGAUUUGUCACUCAUUAAAAGGUUACGCGAAGAAUUACAAAUGAUGAAAAAAUAUUUAGUGUUUUGUCAGGAAGCUGAUGUACAAGGAUUGCCAUGGCGCACUGGAUUACGUACGCAUAUGAUUGAAAAUUCAGGUAAUUAUUCGAUAAAAGAUCUUGUUGAUUUUCAAAAUGGUAUAUUAAUGGAAGAGAUUCGCACGGCUUGUGAUUUGAUGCGUGAGCAUAUUACAGAAUUAUGUGAAUUGUGCCGAGCUCGUGGUCAUUUAUGUGAAAUUUGCGGUAAUGAUGAAGUAAUAUUCCCAUGGGACCCAAGUGCUAUUUCAUGCCAACAAUGCAAUGCAGUUCAUCAUCGUGUUUGUUGGUCCAAAAGAAAUCACCGUUGCCCGAAGUGUGCGCGUAUUGAAAAAAGACGCUCCACUAAUGACAAUCAAAUUAAUGAGGAUGUCAAUGAUAAUAAUGAUGAUGGUGACAAUUUGUUGACAACAAAUGACUCGAUACUCGCAGGGUAUGGAAGUGGGGGAAAUACUGACAUACCGAAUUGUAUAUAAAUUCAUAGUAAUAGAGGUAGUAAUUGAAUAUAAUUGUACAUAGAAAUAAUUGUUUUUAUAAUAAUUAAUAGGACAUCGGUUAAUGGUACCAAAAAAAAAUCAUGUUUUUUAAUUAUAUUUACACUGAGAAAAAAAAUUAAAUUCAAGUAAUUGUUUUUGUUACCAUGAAUACUCAAAAUGAGUAAUUUUUUUGUAAAGUUGAAUUGAUAGUUUUUAUUUCAACAAAACUGUUGGUUUACUUUAGUAAUUAAUUUCUAAAAACAUCAAUUACUUAGGGCAAGCAAAUAUUUAUUAAAUUUAGUUGAUACCUUCUCAAAUUUAUUACAAUUAAAAACUUUAAUAAAGCAAUUAAUUGAUUGAACAAAAAAAAAAGGAAUUGAAGGGAGAUAUAAUUAAAAAUUAGAAAAAAAUUCUUGCACUAAGAAAAAAAUUUGUUUUUGCAACAAAAUGAAAUUUUCAUUAGCUCUAGAAUUCAAUAAAAUACGUCGAUUGCCGCCUCAAUUAUCAAAAUCGGUUAAUGUGUUCGCGAGAUAUCUUUGGAGAAAGAAAUUGUCAAAAAUGGUUUUAUAUCUUAAUUUUGGAGGGGUGGAACUACCCCACUGUCGUCUAAGUUCGAAUUCGAUUUAGGUGGCCUCUGACAUGGCCCCCAAGUGACUAAGGAAGUGUUAAUUAAUAUACAAAUCAUUCUAAUAGAUGGCCGUAGAAUCAGUUAGACUUUGCGCUCGAUUUUCGAAUCGUAAAAUCAAAACGCACGUUUACACUUGAAAAUAUCAUAAAAAACAAUUGCAUGUGAUAGCAUUUAGGGAAGUUAUGGGGUUUUGCGUCCCGCAGGGUCAACCGACGCCCAGAUUUUUUUUCUUAGUGUUAAGCAAGUAAAUAAAAUAGCUGAAUAAAGUAAUUAUUUUACUUGAUUGAAAAAUGUAAUUGCUUAGCACUAUUUAAGUAACUAAAAUACUCAAAUCAGGGAUUUGUUCUUGAAAAUAUUAAUUUUUUUUUUCAGUGUAAAGUUUUAGUCACAAUAUGGUAAAUAUGCACAAGUACGGCUCCACCUAUUUUUCAUAAGCAAAAAUCCAAUUUUAUACAUAUUGCUUUGAAACAUGUUUUAUUAUCAGAUAAGUAUCGGUGUAUAGAAUAUAUUUUUGCACAAGUAAUUUAUAAGUUUAUACAUAAAGUAUAAAAUAUCCUUGAUUUCAACAUUAUCUUCGAAAUUUUUAAGUUCCGUGCAAACACGCACUAUUUGACAUAAUUUCCUUAUUUUUCUGUGUAUUGACUCUUAAGUCAGUCACCAAAAUUUGAUUAAUAUCUAAAUUAUUAUUAUUAUUAUUAUUUAUUGUUUAUUGGUCUAAUUAACAAUAAGCGAAUAUUCUGAUAUAUUUAUCAAAUUUAACAUUUUUAUUAAUCUAGUCUUUGUCUCAAUCAUCAUUCAAUCAUAAAAUCGUAGUCUACACAAAUAACACAAAAUAUUUAGUUAUUGUGACUCAAAAAAUAUUCAUAACUUGAUUUACGGGAUUCCAUAACGGUUGGCUGUUGUGAACAAUCGGCUGGUAGCUUAUUAAUUAAAAAAAUGUUGCGAGAUUCGCUCUGCGCUAUACUAGUAAAGGGAAGCGAAUACCGUCCAAACUACUUGCAUCGCAAGAUUAAUGUCAUAACAAAAAAAUGUCAAUUUUCGAGUACUACAAGAGCUUCAAAUUAUUGUAGCUCUCCGACCAACCUUUUUAACUUCACCGUCCAUCUAACGGGUCUAUAUAAAAAUUAUCAUUGUACAUUUAAAAAUUUAUUUUGUAAAAUUAGCAUUUUUAUCAAUUUUUUAUCUUUAGGUGCAAGACGAAUAGGUAUCUGUUUUAUCUAUAACACCAUAUAAGUCUAGAAAAUUUAGUUCGUCGUGAACUGAAUAUCUGGGAAAAGUUUAAUUAUAUAUAUUUAAAAUGUAUACACAUGGAAUUUAAAAAAAUGUGUGGAGCCUUUCUUAUGCAUGAUAACCAAAAAUAUUUUAAAAAUUAUUAAAUGUUAAUAAAAUAUGUUAUGUUUCUUUUAAAAGUUUAUAAAUAUUUAAAUCAUUGUUUAUUUUUAUUUAUUAUAUAUAUAAAUUUGAGGGUCAAUAAUUUAUUGUUAAUAUUUGACAUUGAAUCCACAUCCUGUCUAGAUUAUCGUAUCCUACCAAAAACAGAUUCUCUGUAUAACAUCGCGCCAAGUACACGUUUAAAAUUUUUUACAAAUAAGGUAAAUGUCCCAAUACCGGAACGACGAAGGGUAUAUGACUGAUUUUUAUCGUUUUAAAAAUAUUCAAAUAAAUUAUAAACCAAAAUAAUUUAUUACAUCAUAUAGAAUAGACAUUUACCAAUGCAAAAAUAAUCAAAUUAGUUCAUUUUUCUUAAAUUUAAUAUAAAAAAAAAAAUUUUUUCUAUGACACCCAAAAGAUCCAAUACCGGAACGCUGAAAUAGCCUUGUCCCAAUACGGGAAUUCGGUUGUCCUAAUGCCGGAACAGAAAAUAAAAUAAGUUAUUUUUUGCAUUUAUUCAUGGAGAAAAUAUUAAUAAUUAUUAAACAAUAUUAAUGCAAAACGCGUAUGAAUGUAGCAGACAUCAGAGAACUUUAGAAUUAUAAAUAAAUAAGAUAAAUAAUUAAAAAAA